AUGGAUCCGUUUACCGUCAGUGGACGGUUCUGUUUUCCAGACCAUAUUUUUCCUGCCGUGGACGAGAAAUACAAGCGGAUAGUGCCGACGCUACCUACCACGCGGGCGAAUGAUCUGGAGACAGAGUUCCAGCAAAUCAUAGCCGAAGGCGAUGCUUAUCCGUCUGAAAAACUAAUGCUGUGGGUGCAAAGAGUGCUGAAACUGGCUGAUCUUUUCGGGCUAGGUUCUCCACGGGCAAUUGCGCACGCGAAACAUGUACUAGAGGUGCUCCAAGACAGCUCCUCACCGUACACUGGUCUCGCUUGCUAUUUCCUAGGUUGCUAUUAUCAGGUUAGAGCACUGGGCUACGAGGUUGACAAAGAAAAGUCAAGAAUACUUUUAAGAAAAGCCAUCAAGCUACAUUACUCGCGCGCCUGGUAUAGGAUUGCGUCCAAUGCAGAGUCCCGUGGGGACACCGCAAAGGCUCUGUCGCGUUAUAAGCAAGGUGCUGCUUUGGACGAUGCUGCUUGCCUGUAUCGGCUUGCUAUUGCGUACUUUUUUGGCCAGUUCAAUCUGGAAAAAGACAUUUCGAAGGGCUUUGCUAUGCUUGACAUGGCCGCCCAAAGAAGUGACUCUGACUACCCUCAGCCGGCGUUUCUACUAGGCAAACUAUGCCUUGGAGAAACAGAGCUGAUCCCUGAUUUGCCUGCAACUCCUCCUGGAUAUACAGAUAAGGCGCGGGGUAUUGAUUUGAUUCGUAAAGCGGCAUUUUUGGAUUUCAGCCCGGCUUUAAUGCGGCUCGCUGAUGCUUACCAGGGCGAAAUUGAGUUCAACAGCGCAGUGACAUUGAGAUUUUUGCACAUAAGUACCCGCCAGGAACGUUACUUGGCCUACACACACAGACCGAGCGUGCUACACGGAGCUCCAGAGACCCUGUUGGUUAAAUGGCUCCUAUGUGGUUUCCAAGGUGUUUUCUCUGCCAAUGAAGAAUGGGCGUUCAAUUUUGCCAAAAUUGCUGCUAAUUUGGGCAGCGGAACAGCGUUGUUUGCCAUGGGAUACUUUUACGAAGUUGGAAUUGUCGCCAGCAUUAACUGGGACACGGCACAGAUGUACUAUCGACAAUCUGCGGCUGCCGGGUGUUUAGCAGCCAAGGAGCGACUGAAAAAGGCCGACUCGGAUUCAGUUUCUCGAGAACCAUCUUUGAGACGCCAACUAACGCGGGUUGACCACGAGCGAACAUUAUCAAAGUACCGGGCCAGGAUGGGCCAAAAUAAUCAAAAUCAGCCAUCUAUGAUGGCGAUCAACUCUUUGGACUCGGAUAAUAACUCUCCCGAACCGACUCCUGAGCCCAUGCCCCUUCCUGCUUCCACGUGGUUGGAUGAUUCUCCUGUUCUUGCUCCAACUCCUCAAUCGCCGCCCAAGCUGCCGUAUCCAGAUGAAGAAGAAAAGUCUCGAAGACGCUCUUUUUUCAAUGCUGCGAAAAACAUGCUCUCGAGUCUUCCUUAUCCACGGUCUCCAGACCGGAAGUCGCGCACCUCGAGUCCAACAAGGUCACGAUCUCCUUCCCGCUCACCACCACUCAGAUUAUCGUCGCAGUCACCGGCAUACCCGUUGUCUAAUUCAUCGUCACCCAACAAACUUGGUUCUGCACCAUCUCUACCAUAUCCUGAUGACGGGCCGGCGCCUGCAGCUCCUCCAUAUCCCGAGUCACCGCCGCCUCUGCCUCCACUGUCGACUCCAGUAUCUGGUCGCGUCUUUACUCCAGUAUCUGCUCGUGUUUCGACUCCUGAGUCGGCGCGUAUUUCAACCCCUGAGUCGGCCCGUACCUCGGCGCCACUUCCACCGGCUUCGGCGCCCAUUCCAGUACCAGCCCCCAUGGCCAAUGCUAUGAACACACCGCGAGUCCCCUCUCGACAGCAAGCUGUCCGUCGCAAACCCGUUGCACGAGCAGUAUCGGGGCCUGCGCCUCAAAUGGCACCUCACGAAACCCACCAUGCGCGUUCGCAAACCAUCUCAGCAGACAUUCAUACAGAGCUCCGAGAUUGGACGCCCUCGCCCACGAGAUCAUCACCACCACCCCGAUCUCCGACAAAAUCACCGGCCCGCUCGGUCGACAGCACCGCCAGCUCGUCUCCAUCCAAAUCAUCCUCGUCCAGCGCGCUCACAGGCCCUCCAGUUCGAAGCCACCGCAAGUAUGGCUCUGUUGCAGUGCCAUCUUCAUCACCUCCUCGCCCCGAGCGGCGGUUUGUUUCUUCGCCGGUAACUCGCCGGCCUGGAGUGGCUUACAGCUUUGAAGAAAUGGGCGUUCCGGUCAUUGCUGGAGACGAUUCAGGUAAAUGCAUUAUAUCAUAG